UCGCGACGCGCUUGGACAGCGCGUGGCCGGCGCAGCUAAACGAUACCUUCAAAAUUCAUCAUCGACUGAAUUGAAUCGAAUUGAAUUUGGAUCGAGAUCUCAGAUCAGAUCUGUGCUCCUGCGGUCAGAUCGCUUCUCUCCUUCAGUUUUAUUGCUACAUCAGUGGCUCCGCUCUGUUGUAUCGGUCGGAGAAGAGAAAUGGCGAAAGAUGGGUGGUGGAUCCUCGUCGUUUCGCUGCUGAUGUGCGCGGCGGUUCCGGCGAGAUCGGAUGCGUCGAAUCACAAGUACGAAAAAGGGGAUCCGGUGCCGCUCUAUGCCAACAAGGUCGGACCAUUUCACAACCCUAGUGAGACAUAUCGGUACUUUGAUCUCCCAUUUUGUGCUACAGGAGAAGUAAAAGAUAAAAGUGAAGCUCUUGGUGAAGUGCUAAAUGGAGAUCGGUUGGUCAGUACACCGUACAAGCUAGAUUUCUUGAUUGACAAAGAGUCUGAGCUUAUCUGCAAGAAACGUCUGGCAAAGAAAGAAGCUGCUGUGUUUCGAAGUGCAGUGGCCAAGGACUAUUAUUUUCAAAUGUACUAUGAUGACCUGCCCUUGUGGGGCUUCCUAGGAAAGGUUGACAAGGAAGGCAAAACUGAUCCUAGUGAAUAUAAAUAUUACCUAUUUAAGCAUCUUCAUUUCGAAAUUUUUUACAACAAAGAUCGUGUGAUUGAGGUCAAUGCACGCACAGACCCCAAUUCUGUUGUGGACAUUACUGAAGAUAAGGAAGUUGAUGUGGAGUUCAUGUACUCUGCCAAAUGGAAGGAAAGCAACAUACCUUUUGAGAAGAGGAUGGAAAAGUAUUCACAUUCAUCGUCACUUCCUCGUCAUUUAGAGAUUCAUUGGUUUUCAAUUAUCAAUUCAUGCGUGACUGUUCUACUUCUUACCGGGUUUCUUGCUACUAUUUUGAUGCGAGUGCUUAAGAACGAUUUUGUCAAAUAUGCCCACGACGAGGAGGCAGCAGAUGACCAAGAAGAAACUGGGUGGAAAUAUAUUCAUGGUGAUGUUUUCAGAUUCCCGAAGUACAAGUCAUUGUUUUCUGCUGCCCUUGGAAGUGGCACACAACUAUUUACACUGACUACUUUUAUAUUCUUGCUUGCACUUGUUGGUGUAUUCUAUCCGUACAAUCGAGGAGCACUUUUUACAGCACUGGUGGUCAUAUAUGCUCUUACAUCUGGCAUUGCUGGCUAUACAUCAUCUUCUUUUUACCACCAAUUGGAAGGGUCGAAUUGGGUUCGGAAUCUGUUAUUGACGGGUGGCCUUUUCUGCGGACCACUUUUUCUCUCCUUCUGCUUCCUCAACACUGUCGCGAUUUUCUACCGUGCUACAGCUGCUCUUCCAUUCGGUACAAUCGUGGUGAUUUUUCUGAUAUGGGCUCUCGUGACAUCGCCGUUAUUAGUGUUGGGAGGUAUCGCGGGGAAAAAUAGUAAGGCGGAGUUUCAAGCCCCAUGCCGGACCACAAAAUAUCCUCGAGAAAUCCCGCCACUCCCGUGGUACCGUGGCACCCUGCCUCAGAUGGCCAUGGCCGGAUUUUUGCCGUUCAGCGCUAUCUACAUCGAACUUUACUAUAUUUUUGCCAGCGUUUGGGGUCACAGGAUAUACACCAUCUACAGUAUUUUAUUCAUCGUGUUCGUCAUCCUCCUAAUCGUCACUGCCUUUAUUACCGUCGCACUGACCUACUUCCAACUUGCUGCCGAAGAUCACGAAUGGUGGUGGAGGUCCUUCCUGUGUGGCGGAUCUACGGGCUUGUUUAUUUAUGGCUACUGCCUGUAUUACUACUAUGCGCGCUCGGACAUGUCGGGAUUUAUGCAAACCUCGUUCUUCUUCGGGUACAUGGCUUGUAUUUGCUAUGGCUUCUUCCUGAUGCUUGGAUCCGUAGGCUUCCGCGCCGCGCUGUUCUUCGUUCGCCAUAUUUAUCGGUCGAUAAAAUGCGAGUAAGCAGGUAGCUUGACCUUGUUUUUUUGUUGGAUCCCAAAUGCUUUUCUUGUUUAGAACAAGUAGCGUAUGUCUUCUUGUUUACACAAAUAUAUAGAUGAAUGUUGUGUGUUGGGAGAAUUCGAAUGUGGGUCGGGUCGGAUCGGAUACGGGUGGGUUGUGUAAGAUCGUUUUCAACCACUAGGUCAGUAGUUUAAUAUUUUUAUUAUGAGAAUUGGAAAUAAAUUUUUUAUUUCAGUA